CUCGUCGCUGAUCUUUACGUCCGGGGCUCCUGCACGUUUGACACCUUUUUAAACACACGUCCUCACCGUCAUGUCUCUCGGAAAAGCUGCCCGGAGUUUGGUGAACCCGGUCCGGGGCUUCCUGAGGCCGUGGGCCGCCGCUGUGAGCCGGAGCUACGCCGCUGCCGCUGAAGCCAGAGCGGUGCUGGAGAAUGAGCUCGAAGGUAUCCGAGCGGCGGGGACGUGGAAAGCGGAGAGGAUCAUCACGUCAAAGCAGGGUCCUCAAAUCAACGUGGACGGCAGUCGGAGCAGCAUAUUGAAUUUCUGUGCCAACAACUACCUCGGACUGUCGAGUCAUCCAGAAGUGGUGCAGGCGGGGAUCGAUGCUCUUAAGUUAUAUGGUGCUGGAUUGAGCUCUGUCAGAUUCAUCUGUGGCACACAGGAUAUACACAAACAUCUGGAGAAUAAGCUAGCAGAGUUUCAUCAGAGGGAGGACUGCAUCCUGUACGCCAGCUGUUUUGAUGCCAAUGCUGGACUGUUUGAGGUUCUCUUGGGCCCAGAUGACGCAGUGCUGUCUGAUGAGCUAAAUCAUGCCUCCAUCAUCGAUGGGAUACGUCUGUGUCGGGCAAAGAGGAUGCGCUACAAACACAUGGACCUCAGUGAUCUGGAGAAACAGCUCAAAGAGUCUCAGUCAUCACGUAUGCGCCUGAUAGUGACGGAUGGAGUCUUCUCUAUGGAUGGAGACGUGGCUCCCUUAACAGGAAUCUGUGACCUUGCUGAACAGUAUGGAGCCAUGGUGUUUAUAGAUGAAUGCCACGCCACCGGCUUCCUGGGACCCCGGGGCAGAGGAACAGAUGAGCUCCUGGGAGUGAUGGACAGAGUUCACAUUGUUAACUCCACCCUGGGGAAAGCACUGGGAGGAGCAGCUGGUGGCUACACAGUCGGCCCUAAGCCUCUCAUUGACCUGCUGAGGCAGCGCUCGCGGCCGUACCUGUUCUCCAACUCCCUCCCCCCUCCUGUGGUGGGCUGUGCCACCCGGGCUGUGGAGCUGCUGCUCGCCUCCAGUGAGAUCGCACAGAGUAUGACAGCGAAAACCAUGAGAUUCAGGAACAGGAUGACGCAGGCUGGCUUCACCAUUGCAGGCUCAGCUCACCCCAUCUGUCCUGUGAUGCUGGGCGAUGCGCGGCUGGCCUCUCUGAUGGCCGAUGAUAUGUUGAAGCUAGGAGUGUAUGUGAUUGGAUUCUCCUACCCAGUCGUACCGAAGGGCAAAGCCAGAAUCCGCGUUCAGAUAUCAGCCGCCCACACCGACGAGGACAUCGACCACUGUGUCGACGCUUUCAUCCAGACCGGCAGGAAGCACGGAGUCGUCUCCUGAAUAGGACAAACAAUCCGGAAUGAGAAAGAUUCAGUAACCGGGAUGAGUUACCGAACAGCACCGAACCGCUUGCUCUUACAGAUCAUGUUGCCUGUUACCUACGAGACCUACGAGUCACGCUGAUGGAAAUAUUAGUUACAUUUGUAGCUCAACAGAGGUUAAUGUUAUUUUUGUGUUUGCUUAGCUGAAUAAAGCACUUUUGCUAACAUGUGGAGGUGUUUAUAUUUGGAGAAAAAGGGCUGUUAAGAGCGAGAAAAUGUUUCUAUCAAAUGCUUUUGAUAGUUUUUUAGGUUAGUUAUUUCAUCAACAGAUUUUGAUUUUAAUGAUUGUGAGGAUAGUCUCAAGUUAAUAAUGCAACUAGUGAUAUAACUCACAUUAUCAGCCUUUAUUAGAAUCAACUAAUAACUCAUCCAUCAAAACCAGUGAGAACUGGGACUCUGCUUAUGUUUACUAGUUAAUUUGAAUUUAAAUUGUGAAUGUAUUUAUUUGAGAGGGAUAAUGCAAUUUAGAAUAGUUCCAAAACAGGAGUUUAUAGAUUUUGCUCAUUUGUCUAGUUGGGCUUUUACAAUUUUUUUGUGAGAGAAAAGAUUUUUAGGAGUGAAGGAAAAUGCUUAUGUUCUCAUCCCCAACAUUUCAGGAAUCUGACAGUAUGGACUUUAAUAACGUUUAAGCAGCCAAAUAUCAUAUGCUGUCUCUCAACUCAUGCUCUCCUCUGUAGGAGAGCUGCUUUGCCUUUUCUCCCCCAAGAGAUGCAACCACACAUUUGUAAAUUCUGGAUAUGGAAGAAUAUAAAAUAUUAAAGUCCGCCUUCACUCAGAAA